AUGUUCGCCCCCGACGACCCGAUUUUGGUGGCUUACCGCACAUCGAAACGCAUCUUCGGCGGAGAAGCGAUCGCCCUGGCGGCGUACGUCGACCCGCAAUUGAUGACCCCCGAGGGUAUGGAACGUCUGACCGAGGUGACCGAGCGACUUGCCAAAGUUGAUGGGGUCAACUCGGUGAUGAGUUUGAACAACAACCCCAUCUUGGAUUCGGAAGUGAUUCUCUCCGAGCAAGAGAUGAGUCAGCGGUUUAUCGAACUGAUGACGGGGUUCACUAUUGGGGCCGAUCAUGAAACUACGGCCGUGGUUUGUUUUCUCGAACCCGAGGAUAAGGCCGAAGUUUCGCGGGACGAAACGGUCGAUCAACUGCGGGCUGUGAUAGAGGAGUAUCCGCAAGGGGUUAUCACGGGCGAACCGGCCAUCGUCGUCGACGGGUUUCGUUACCUGGAAGCCGACAGUACGGUACUCGGUCGAGCUUCCACCUUGCUGCUGGUACUGACGAUCAUCCUUUGCUUUCGCAGCCUUCGCUGGGUGAUCAUUCCGCUGGUGAUUGUGAACGUGACGCUGCUCAUCACGAAGGCGAUUCUCGUGUUGGGCGGGUUUCGUCUGAGCAUGGUCAGCUCGAUGCUGUGGGCCAUUGUCACGGUGAUCGGCAUCGGAGCUGUGGUGCACAUCAUCGUUCGGUUUCGUGAGCUUCGUGCCGAAGGAAAAGACACGGGGGUCUCUUUGUCGGUGGCCAUCGCCACGUUGAUGGUGCCGAUCAUCUGGACCUGCUUUACUGACGCGGCAGGGUUCGGUUCACUGCUAUGGGCGAAAGUGGGGCCGAUUCAAGAUUUCGGCAUGAUGAUGACCAUUGGUGCCAUCCUCGCGCUGGUCAGCAUGGCCCUGCUGUUGCCGGGGCUGGCAUUGUUCGGGCGGUUCGAUACCGACCCGAAACAAGCCUGGGGUGAAGGUGGUCUUGAGUUCGGGUUGAAUCAAACGGUCAACUCCAUCGAGCGGUUUCCGAUCAUGGUUGGUGGCUCGACCGUGGUGAUUGCCGGCAUCGCCAUCUUCGGCAUCACGUGGCUGGAAGUGGAGACCGACUUCACGAAGAACUUCCGCGCGAAUAGCCCUGUGGUGAAGUCGUAUGAGUUCGUGGAAGAGGACCUCGGCGGGGCCGGCGUGUGGGACGUGCUGUUUCCCAUCGACGGUGAACUGAGCAACAAGUUUCUCGAUCGGGUUCGGCACCUCGAACAUCGUCUGCGAACCGAGGUCGUGGUAACCGACGAGAACGGCCAAGAUGUCGCCGGGUUGACCAAGGUGAUGAGCCUGGUCGAUGCGCUGGAACCUUUUGGGAACAUGACCGCUUCGAUGCCGGCGGGGCCUUUGGUCGAGCUGCUCCGCGGGGCAAUGCCGACGAUGCUGAACUCGCUGUUGGGUCAGGACCCGGACACCGGGCAGCAGUAUUACCGCAUCAUGCUUCGUGCCCGCGAGCGGCAGCCUUCGAAGCAGAAAAGCCACAUCAUCGAAGAGGUCACUCGCAUCACGCAGGAAGAAUUCCCCGAAGCUCAGGUCACGGGCUUCUUCGUGUUACUCACGCAGCUCAUCAAUAGUAUUGUCCGCGAUCAAUGGGUCACGUUCUCCAUCGCCAUCGUCGCGAUCGGCAUCAUGAUGCUGAUCGCGUUUCGAAGCAUUCGGCUGGCGCUCAUUGCCCUGGUGCCCAACGCUUUGCCCAUCUUGGUGCUGACAGGCUUGAUGGGUUGGGCCGGACUGCGGAUCAACAUGGGGGCCGCUAUGAUCGCCGCCGUAUCGAUGGGGCUCUCGGUCGAUUCUUCGAUUCACUACCUCACCGAAUUCCUGCGGGUACGCAAGCGGGGCUUCACCGUUCACGAGGCCCUGAUGCAUGCCCAUCAAACGGUCGGGCGGGCGAUGGUGUUUUCGACCAUCGCGAUCAUGAUCGGGUUCAGUGCACUGACGCUCAGUCAGUUCAUCCCGCUGGUUUACUUCGGCGUGCUGGUCAGCCUGGCCCUGGCCGGCGGCACCGCGGGCAACCUUAUCGUGCUGCCCCUGUUGCUGCAGACCAUCGAGCGCCGAUUGCGGCCGGCGGUUUCGUGGUUGAGGGCACCCUUGAUGCAGAAAGAUGUCAAACCGUGGAGUAUCGUUGACGCCACCGAACUCUACGAAGUGGAGGGCUGGGGGAAGGGCUACUUCUCGAUCCACCCGAACGGCCACCUUCUCGUUCAUCCGAACAAGGACCCCGAUCAAUCGAUCGACUUGAAGCAACUGAUCGAUCAACUGCAGCUACGUGGGAUUGAACUCCCCAUCCUGAUUCGCUUCGCCGAGAUGCUGAACCACCGCAUUGGUGAAAUCUACUCGGCCUUCGACCAGGCGAUUCGCGAUCACCAGUACCAGGGCCGGUACACCUGUGUCUAUCCGAUCAAGGUGAAUCAACAACGGCCCGUGGUCGAAGAGGUGCUCGAGUUCGGCGAAGCGCACGCCUUUGGACUCGAAGCCGGAUCGAAGCCGGAACUUUUGGCCGUGAUGGCGGUGGCUUCGAACAGCACGCCCAUCAUUUGUAACGGCUUUAAAGAUGCCGAAUUCAUCCGCCUGGCGAUGUUGGCUCAUAAGAUUGGCCGCAACAUCACGCCAGUGGUCGAAAAGUAUACUGAGCUGGAGUUGAUUCUCCGCUACGCGCGCGAGUUGGGCGUUCGCCCCAGAAUUGGCGUGCGGGUGAAACUGUCGAGCCAGGGAAGUGGGCGGUGGAAGUCUUCAGGCGGCUAUCGCUCGAAGUUCGGGCUGACCGUGACCGAGGUGUUGCGGGCGGUCGAGGAACUUCGCAAGCACGACAUGCAAGAUUGCCUGAAGAUGCUGCACUUCCACCUGGGCAGCCAGAUCACCAACAUUCGUAUCAUCAAGUCGGCCCUGGACGAAGCCUCGCGAAUUUACUGUGGGUUGGUCAAAGCUGGGGCGGGGCUCGACACCCUUGAUGUUGGCGGCGGGCUGGGGGUGGAUUACGACGGUUCGCAAACCAACUUCGAGUCGAGUGCGAACUACACCCUGCAAGAGUAUGCCAACGACGUGAUCUAUCACGUUCAACGGGUGUGCCAGGAUUCCGAUGUGCCUUCGCCGAACAUUGUUUCGGAAAGCGGACGGGCCAUUGUGGCCUACCACAGUGCGCUGGUGUUUGGUGUGUUGGGGGUUUCAGGGCUUGGCGAGAGCGAAGUUCCGGCGGCAGUGACUGAGGAAACCCAGCAACCGAUCAAAGACUUGAUUACCACCCACGAGCAGCUAACCCAACGCAAUGCUCUGGAGAGUUAUCACGACGCCCAGCAAUUGCAGGAAAUGUCGAUGAGCUUGUUCCGCACCGGGCAUCUUUCCUUAGCGGAACGCUGCCAGGCCGAGAACCUGUUCUGGGGCAUCUGUCGCAAGAUUUAUCGCAUUACUCAAGAAAUGGACUUCGUGCCCGAGGACCUGACGGGGCUCGGCGCACUGUUGGCCGACACUUAUUUCUGUAACUUCUCGUUGUUCCAGUCGAUCCCCGACAGUUGGGCCAUCAAGCAGUUGUUCCCGGUGAUGCCCAUUCAUCGACUCGACGAGCGGCCGACUUCCCGCGCGGUGUUGGGCGACAUCACUUGCGAUUCCGACGGCAAGAUCGAUCAGUUCAUCGACCGUCGCGAUGUGAAACGCGUGUUGCCCCUGCACAGCUAUAAGAAAGAGCCCUAUUACCUGGGCACUUUUCUGGUGGGUGCCUAUCAGGAAAUCUUGGGCGACAUGCACAAUUUGUUCGGCGACACCAACGCAGUGCAUGUCAGCAUCGACGCGAGCGGAGAAGUUGAACUGCAACACGUAAUUCAGGGCGACACCGUGCGCGAGGUGCUGAAAUACGUUCAGUUCGACGGCGAAGCCUUGGUGCGGCAGCUACGCAAAUCGGUCGAAGUUGCCGUGCGAGAAGGUCGCAUCGACUUGGAACAAUCGGGGCAGUUGCUUCGUGACUACGAACGGGGCCUGCAGGGUUACACCUAUCUGACGGGCGAUCCCGAAUAG